AUGGAUCUCCAUGCCUUCCAAGUGGUGUUGGUUCAGGUGCGUCGUGAACCUUCCAUAGUCCCUGGCCUCUCGCCAAGGCAGGGAGCACAACAUUUUGCUGUCCAUCCUUCUUCCAUCAUCGUCACUUCAUCCCUUUCUUCUGUACAUACCCCCAAAAUCAUCUCAUCCACAGCCAGCCCCGAGGCCGCCCUCCUUCACGAACUCUUCCCCAUGCCGCUCCUCUUAGCGCAUCUCGUUUCAUGUACGAUGACCUCCGAAUCCAGCCCUCCUCUGGCGAUUGGGUCCCGACUUGUUAUUCUGUGGGCGUUGGGGACUGCAGUUUUCCAGAUCCCUCAAUCAAUUGGCCUCACAUUCAAUCAUCCGUCCAUUGACCGCCCUUUGCUUUCCAUAUCAGAUACGCCCAGCACUUUCGAUAGGAUCGCUGCCGCUAAGGCCAGGGCCAAGGAGGGCAUGACUGUCUAUCUUGCUACAGAUCUGAUCAGGGGUGUCUGGCCGAUUUCGCUUCUCUGCACUCGUCGCUUCCGGCUCAACAACCUGGUGAUUACCAGACUCAAGUCUCGGCCGUGCAAGGCAAAGAUUGCUCAACUCCAAGACGGCAACAGGCCGGAUCCGAAAACUAUUACCAGAGCAAGGCUUCUAUACGCUACAUCUAUUGAAAGUCAAUGGGUCACACGGAGCUUUUUUGACCCGCUAUGUCCAAGGGACGUCAGCUCAAUCAUGUUCAUUCGUUGUCUGGAGGCCAGCACAUUACCAAUCAACGAUGCUGGACAUGCUUUCAACCUCCACUGCCUGACACUACCUCUACUACUUGCAAUGUGGCACGACAUGAAAAGUCGGUUGCAGGACCACCAUCUCAUCAAGAUUUCAAACCUGAGGAAGACAAAUCAACUACGGCGGCCUAUCUCGGGACCGUUGAUGCGUCUGAAGGGAGCUUACGGAGACCAUAACAAUAAAAGUCAGGGGCUGGCAAAGUGUCCUACGGGACGGCUUGUAUUUCUUGUCAAGCGCACGCUGACAUCAAGGUGUUCAACUGUACGGACGCAUGCCUGCGAUAUGCUAUCUUUGGGUAACUACCCAGGAGCUCCUAGAAGCCCGGAUGCUGACGCUCUGGUCGUUGCAACCUCGCCCGCCAUCCUGUUCGCUACUCCAAGCGCCAGGAGCAGGCAUAGCCAUGCCUCGUCAAGCGCCGCAUCUCAACCGACCUGGAGAUCUCCCGUGUCCGUCUGGAUGUCUUCCCGCGAACCCCACCCAUCCCGCGUGGACGGAUGGGCGUGGCACACCGGGUCAGACCCUGAGCAACCCAGAAGAACCCACCCCACCUCGGUGUCAAAUCGAAAUGCUAAAAGGGAGCUAGAAUCGUUGUCACCAAUCUGGACGGCAUUCGAUGUCGACGUCGUCGGAGCCUCUAGCUGCUACAGAUUGGGCCACAAUCAGGCACACAGAACAUGUCACCAUGACUCGGUUCUAUAUCGUACUCACGGAGACGUACGCUCCACCGUUCGAUACCCCCGAGGCUACAACGGCCUAUCGCGAUUGGCAACCGAAAUGCGCGGCACCGCCGUCUCACCAGCACCAUCGCUGCGGCCGUUGACGUACAUACUACAUACACGGUGGCCAGGUCGGCCGCAUCUGCAAGCGACAGCGUUUCCGGUAAGCUGGUCCUCUCCUCCCUUGGCUACCGCUCCACACGUUGCUGCUCGCCUCGAACGGCAUCAGCGGGAGGUCACCACACCCCCCGCUCAUCGGAAAACCAAUCGAAGGGGCAAUGCUGGCACUAACGAACUGUAA